AUCUACAUGCCCUUAAUCUGUCCGAAACCCCCCACCGUCUCUCUCUCCUCUCUCUCUUCCCCCCUCUUGAUUCACCAUCUCGACUCUAUAAACAAAAAAUGGGCGUUUUUUGAGCGAUUCUAGGGUUUCUUUUUUGGUCGAGCUCGUUAUGGAUCUCGAGGCGCCUGGUGUGCCUCAGAGCAGAGAAGGGAGCUUGGACGCUUCGUGCUCGAUUUGCCUCGAGACCUUGACGGAUCAUCGCGAGCGGUCGAUCGCGAGUCUUCAAUGCGGCCACAGGUUUCAUUUAGAUUGUAUUGGCUCUGCAUUCAAUGCAAAGGGAGCAAUGCAGUGUCCGAAUUGCAGGAAAGUUGAGAAGGGUCGGUGGCUGUAUGCAAAUGGUCAUCGUUCAUCUUCUGAUUUUGAUCUCGAUGCCUGGGUGACUGAGGACUUUUAUGAUCUCAGUUAUUCUGAGUUGCCGUUUGGAUUUCAGUGGUGCCCGUUCCGGGGAAUUACACAGCUCGCAUCAUUGUUCGAGGAAGGAGAAUCCCAGCAUAAUUCUUAUCAUGAAUCUUUGGGUAACACAACAUAUGGAGAGCGGUCAAGUGCUUCAAGCAGUACCCAUGUAUGUCCUUACUUGGCACUACAUGGACUGCCUCAUGCUAUGCAUACCAUGCCGUCUUCAAGUUCCAUUGAUUCUGUUCCAGAAAGCAAUACAUUUGCUCGCCAUACUACAAACCUGGAAGGAGGGCAACCAUCUGCUGAUAUGCUGAACUCCCAUAAUUUUACUAGCACUGAACCCCAUAGUCACAAUUGGCAGCAACAGCAGCAUUCCCUCCCCUUCUCUUCACUAGGAAACUCAGCUGAUCAGUCUGCAUCUCAAUUUGGUCCAAGGCUAUCGAGAAGUGACGUCAGCAGCCAGCAGAGGUUAGGAUCUUUUGUUCAUCCAUAUCCCCUCGCUCACGGGUCUGGGCCCCGGAACGGAAGUAAUCUAGUGCCACCAUUGGGCCCACCAGCUAUAGGAGAGCUGAGAGCUCAUACGCACACUCGCGGGCAUGGCAAUAAUAAUCACAUCUAUCAGCAGUCUGUUCCUUCCUCAUCCAUCCGAACCGCUCCAUUUCCUCCCAUGCGGAGAUCUCGCCCUAGGGGAUUCACCCUCAUAUCAUCACUAGCAGCAACUUCUUCCUCUGCAGAAGUCAAUGGAUUCUACGGUUUCGCCUCAGUCUCGAGCUCUGCUAACCGUAGCCAUCAAGAAGCGGAGAGCAUGUCAAGACAUUUUGAUCCGUUCUAUGGAUGGGGCGGGGGUCGAGAGGGCUUGAGCCCACUGCCUUGGAUCCCUCUAGAGGGUGAAUCACAGUGGUGGGCCCCUUUUAACCCUAACCAGGCUCCUCAAUCUGGAGGAAGCUUCCUUCAGAGGGCUAAUACUACCGAGAGGGUUGGUCAGAAUCGGUCAGAUAAUGGGUUUCAACGAAUGCCACCGCCUCCAAGGAUGCCACCGCCUUCGUACAUGUGACGACAGAGAAGCUUUUGCGGUGAUUGUUAUUUGUCUGUAAACUUACCCUGGCAAACAUAAUGCAUGAUAACUGCUUGGUCAGCAUUUGGGGGUUUGGUGUUGUGAGCUUGGAUGCUGGGAUUUUUAUGUGGGUUUAUCUUGAAAACAGCUCUUUAUCUGUGUUAUUACGUCCUGGGCUGUGGGCAACCAUAGUUCUGCAUGAUGUUUGGAUUUUAUAUUUAUGCAGAACAGAGAGUUUGUGCUUCUGAAGCUGCUUGGUAUUGCUGUGGGAAAGAAAAUGUUGCUUGUGACGUUUUGAUUC